CUAUACGCGUCACUUUAUCGAACCCGCAUAAAGUCAAUUGUCAACCGACAGUCUAACGCUGACGUCGAACGCUGUCGCGUGUUAAAUACCGUUAUCAAUAAUGUAUAUUGUUAUCGCGUUCUAACAUAUGUGAAUAUACGAUUCACAUUUCACGUAAAAAAAUUCGGAAUAUGCGGUUAUCUUAUCGAGUUUGAUAAUGUGAAGAUGAAACAUUACAUUAUUAAGUCAAGUAACUUUAUCGUGUCAGCUGUAUGUGUUUCCGGAAUAUGUUUCUAAUCAGAUAAAGCAAUAUUUUUUGACGUGAAAUUUGCUAUAACAACACAAGAAGAUACUACUUCCUAUUUGAAAAAGAAAGAGAAAAAAUCUUUUGAUAAGAAAUAUGCUAAAUUAUAUUGAAGGCUUUACUAUUUUGAUAUAAUUUUCAUUUCAAGGUUAUAUAUAACUCAUUUAUUAUAUAACACUUAAAGUUGAAGCCAACAUUACGCAUCAAUUCUAAUAAAUUAUUCAGAAGCCUUCGUGUAGUUUCAAUGACAAGCAGUAUAUACACUAUUUGGAGAUUUGAGACUACAGUUUACUAAUAAUUUGUCGAAAAUAUUAUAAUUCAAAUUUAAAACAAAAAUGGCCAGUGGGUUGAAAAUUUUAGGCUUGUUGCUAUACAAGGACUUGAUAGUACGCAAGAGACAUUGGCGUAUGAUAAUAUUCUUACAAGCUCUUAUACCUAUUGGAUUAGUUGCAUUAUUACAAGCUGUGAGAGAUUUUAGUGCUAACCCACCAGUUAUAAUAAAUGAAACCACAUUUUAUCCUAUACAAACACAAGCAGAUUUAAUGGAAAAACUUGAUAAUGGUUUAAAUAAUGUAUAUUACCUGCCAAAAAAUCCACAUAUAGAUAUGAUCAUGGAGUCUGCGAGACAUUGUCUUGGACUUGUGUCAGAAAAUAUAAAAUCUUUCUCUAAUGAGACUGAAAUGACAGAUGAUUAUAUGCGUUCUCAGGCGCGAAAUCCGAUACUUUCUGUUGUAGCAAUUGUUUUUGAACAAUAUAAUACAAGUACCAUAAAAUAUAAAAUUAGACAUUCUUGGAAGAUUCCAUACGAUUUAUACCAAACGAUAUUAGGUGAACAUAUGAGUACAUCACCUACAAUGUACUUUGAUAUGAUUCCAAUUGUACAAGUUCAGAUGUGUGUAGAUAAAGCGCUUAUAAAUCAAGUAGCAGCAAAUUCUAUGUCGAAUAUAAAGAUGUCAAUACAAAGAAUGCCUUAUCCACCACAUGUCAAAAUAGAUACUGCUGAUAUUAUACUACGUGAAGUAAUUUGUAGAUUUGUAGUUACAGCUUUUGUAAUCAUACUUUGCAUAGAAGCUAACUAUGCAUCAAAUGAGAAAUUUAUUGGUGUAAAUGUUUUAAUGGCAAUGAAUGGAGUUAAAAUGGCCUACAAUUUAUUAAGCUGGUUAAUCACAGGAAUAUUAUUCAGCAUUAUUUAUACAGUACCAAUAAUCAUAUUAUUUAAAAAUACUUUUUCUACAAAUGUUGAAGCUUAUUUGCAAUAUGGAAAUGCUUUUAUAUUUUGGCUCGUAUUUACUGCACACAUUGGUCAUCUUAUAACAUUUGGCAUGCAUAUUGCAGCUUACUUUUCAAAACCACGUUUUGUGACAAUUGCUUUAUGUAUCAUAUAUACGGCAGCAUUGUCGUUCCAUCAACAUUUGUGGAUGGCUGAAGCUUUUGGAAUUAUACCAUAUUUUGGUAUAAUCUUUCCAAAUAUUCUGCUAUUUAGAUUUCUUCAAGAAACAAAUGCACAUGAAGGCAAAUUAAUCGGUAUGCAAUGGGACAAUAUUUUUGUUCCUGGGAAUGAGGAAUAUAGUAUUGUAGGAAGUAUAGGCUUCAUAUUCCUCUUCUCAGUCUUCGGUGCUGUGAUACAUUUUACACUUGCGAUUUAUAUAAAUGCCAUACUUCCUGGUAAAUAUGGAGUUCGAAAGGAUCCAUUGUAUUUUUUGAAGUGUAUGAAGAAAAAUAAAAUAUCUCUGGAAGAAGAAAUUGUUGAGUUUGAUUAUGAUAAGGAAGCUAAUCAAGACUUCGAACCAGUAUUAAGUGGUACACUUCAACCUGGAAUCCAAAUACGUAAUCUUAAGAAAUCUUAUAUAACAAGCUGGCUACGAAAAUCUCAAGUUCAUGCACUGAAAGGAAUUUCUGUGGACUUUUACAAAGGACAAAUUACUGCUUUACUUGGACAUAAUGGAGCAGGCAAAACCACACUUAUGUCUAUAUUAACAGGUGUAACGAGUGAGACAGAAGGAAAAGUACUCAUAAACGGCAAAAAUAUAAGAAAACAUCUCCACAGUAUUAGAAAGGAUCUAGGCCUAUGUCCUCAAGAAAACAUGGUUUUUCCUGAUUUAAAUGUAUAUGAACAGAUAGAAUUUUUUGGCUUGUUGAAAGCUAAGAACAGAACCAGAAAGGAAGUCAAGCAAGAUGUUUAUACUUUACUUGAUAAGCUGAAGCUUCUUGAAAAAGAUUUUCUUCCAAGCAAAUUAUCUGGUGGUCAACAAAGAAGAUUGUGCCUCGGAAUGGCGCUCAUUGGUGAUGCUAGCAUUAUAAUUCUGGAUGAGCCGACUUCGGGAAUGGAUCCUGAAACUAGACGAGACACAUGGGACAUAAUAUUAAAACUGAGAGGCGAGAAAACAAUAUUGAUUAGUACACAUAAUAUGGAAGAGGCUGAUAUACUUGGUGAUAGAAUCGCAAUAGUACAUUCAGGUCGCCUUAAAAGUUAUGGCACGGCAAUGUUUUUGAAAAAACAAUAUGGUCAUGGUCAUAUAGAAGUAACCUUAUCAACAAAAUCUUGGUGCGUUCCUGAAAAAGUUAUAAGUAAAUUUGAUUCGAGGACGCAACAACUUUGCGUUGAUACUGAAAAAAUCAUUUUAAAUGUACCAUAUACUGAUUCUUUGCCUCAAUCACUGGAUAAAGUAGAAAGUCAAAAGAAAGAAUUAGGAGUUACUGGAAUAAGCGUAUCCUUAAUUACUUUGGAACAAGUUUUUUUAAAAAUUGUGAAGAAAGAAGAUAGUGGAAGACAUCUUAAUGAAUUAUUUACAGCGCCAUUAGGCAAACUUACAGGGAGUGCUCUAUGUAUGCAAUCAAUACUGGCACUAUUUGCCAAGAAAUUCACAUAUACAAGGAAAAAUAUAAGUACUUUACUGAUGAUUAUCGUUUUUUCUAUGUUAUCGGUAUUUUUCAUGGCCUUAAGUUACAAUUUACCAAACGAUUCCACAGAUAUUGUUCCAUUAAAUCUCGGCAUGUACAGAUAUCCGAAAGUUAUAUAUUCGUCAGACAAUGAAAUAAUUGGUCAAAAAUACGGAGAUAUAAUUCAGAAAUUUGGUGAAGCAGAGCGUCUAGCGGACAUUAGCGUUACAAAUGCUCUUCUGAAUGUUUCUCUGCGGGAUAUCGCAGAAUACCGUAACCACUUUAUCGUAUCUGCCGAAUUUAAUGCCACUGAAAACAGCACGAUAUCGGCUAACGGUUUUUAUUCUGGCACAGCACUGCACGGUGUGCCGUUAAUAAUGAAUUUGUUGAGUAAUACUUUCAUCAAAGCUUUUGCUGGUGAUCAAUACUCGAUUGAGAUAUCUAGACAACAAUUGCCGAAUACAUUAGUUUCAUCCAGACUAGAAGUGCCAGAAGCGGAAUCGCUCCCUCGCGUUUUAAUAUUUUGUUCAUUUUUCUUUCCUACUGUCGCGUUGUUCGUAGUGCAUCCACUGCAGGAAACAUCUACGAAAGUUAAGCAACUUCAACGUAUGACUGGUGUUUCAUCGCUAUCGUACUGGGGCACAAUGUUCAUUUUUGAUUUUGUAAUAUAUACAAUGUGCGUACUGUUGAUUACCUUGGCAUUCUACAUUAUGGAUAUUAUUCUUGAUCUUCGACUAUAUUAUAAAACAGAAAUAUUAUGUACGAUAUUAAUUCUAAUGUUGUUUGGCAUUAAUGUUUUACUUCUCGUCUACAUAUUUAGUUUUAUGAAUAAAUCGAGAAGUACAAUAAUAACUCUUUUGGCUAUCGCACCUAUUGGUCUUGCUAUAAUACAAUAUCUCUUACAUGAAGUAAUACACAGUUUCGACUGGCUUAACCCACUGCACAUUAUGCAGAAAGCAAUCUUCCGUCUAAUUCCUUAUAUAAGUUUGUUCCAUGGUGAGUUUUCUUUUUUCAUCAUAGCUGUACAGAAUGCAAGAUGUCGUCGUCUACCAAAUAGUCUUCAGGAUAUAGUUUGUCUUAUACCUGGUGAUGUUUGUUGUGGUAUGGAUUGUGCAGAUGGAGUUUGCAAAAAACCACUGCCUUAUUUUAAAGAUUUUAAGGAUGAUGUGAAUUUUGAAGAAAGUAUAGUAUAUUUAUCUGUAACACCAAUUUUGUAUUUUGCUAUACUGAUGAUGCUCGAGAAAAAAAUAUUUUCGAAAUUACUGACAAAGAUGAUUGGUACAAAAUUAAAAUGUGAACAAGAAAAAAUGGACGACCAAGUAAAGAAAGAGAAACUUGCAGUAGCGCUGGAAAUCAAUAAAAUUAACAGUCAAACAAACGUUACGAAACAAGAGUAUAAAACAGAUACUACAGAUCCAGCUAAUAAUUCCGAAUUAAUUCAAAGUCCAGUAAACGAAGAUAAUAGUCUCUUUUGUGUGUACGAAUUAAGCAAAUAUUAUGGAAAGUUAAUGGCCGUGAAAGAAAUCAGUUUUCGAGUGAAACAGCGAGAAUGUUUCGGAUUGCUUGGCGUAAAUGGUGCCGGAAAGAGUACAACUUUCCGGAUGCUAACCGGAGAAGAAAUGUCUGACAGUGGCAUAAUGUACUUAGGACGAGCAGAAAUCCAUUCAAACAGGAAGAAGUAUCUUUCUGAAAUGGGAUACUGCCCACAAACCGAUGCUUUAAUACCCUCUUUGAACGCAUUCGACCAUUUACGAUUGUUCGCUCGUCUUCGCGGCAUACCAAGCUCUAACGUGGAAUUGGAAGUUAACAAAUGGAUUAAUAGAUUAAAUUUAACUGCUUGCAUGACGCAACCAAGUGGUACUUACAGCGGUGGUAACAAGAGACGCUUAAACAUUGCGAUGGCUUUAAUCGGUAAUCCUACUCUUGUUCUCCUGGAUGAACCUACAACUGGUGUCGAUCCUGCGGCUAGACGAUCGCUAUGGAAUACUUUACAAGCGUGUCAAGCAGCAGGACAAGCCAUUAUACUUACAUCUCACAGUAUGGAAGAAUGUGAAGCACUUUGCAAUCGACUAGUUAUUAUGGUGAAGGGUGAAUUAGUCUGUGUUGGUCCUAGUCAGGAAUUAAAGCAACGAUUUGGAGCUGGCUAUGAUAUUCAUAUAAAAUUAAAUCCGGGCCGAUUGGACGAGGAUGUUGAAAAUAUUAAGAUAACUAUUGAAUCUACUCUAACAUGCGACAUUAGAGAUGAUAAUUUGGGUCUUCUCGCCUAUCAUGUGACUGAUUGUGACACAACGUGGGAAAAAAUGUAUGAUACAAUGAAGGAUCUUAAACAACGAUAUAGCUGCAUUGAGGAUUAUGCUGUUUUGUCUGCAACUUUAGAGCAACUUUUCAUUCAGUUUGCAAGAGGUAUUGAAAUGCCUAGGGAAUCUUCAGCUUGUAUUACUAGUCAUGAAGAAGUAUAAAUUCAAUAUGACGUAUUAGAUGCUAAUUUACCUAAGUCACAAAUUUAAUUAAAUAAACAGACUGAUAACAUAUAUUAAUUACGUUAUAAGUCAGUUUAUGUUAAAAUAUAAUUAAUUACGUAAUAAUUUCAUUUUAUGAGAUAGUUAUUACUGCAAGAGUUAUUUGAAUUGCAGCAAUUGAGUAAUUACCGUAUACUUUGUUUAAAUUGCAUAACAAUGAAAUAAUUACAAAGAUAAAAUAUUGCACUUUUAUUACAAGAAAAAAUAUGUUUUGUGUGUUAUCGGUUAUUUUUAAUGAUAUGACUAAUUCUUAUUAUUUUGAAAAUCAAUACGCGCGAAAAAGGACACUCUUUGUUUCGUACUUUUUGCGCUCUCUCUCCUUUCUGUGCAUAGCAAAUCUUUUUCUGCGUGUACCUUAUCUCCAUUCCUUAAAAGGCAAACGCUCGAUUUAUACUAUGUCUAAAUUUAUACUAUAUUUAUAUAUGAUAAAAACUAUUAUUAAUGAAAAUGUACAUUACACAUUAUAUAUCUUAGUCCACGAUUAGAAAAUAAGUAUUAUAGAUGUAUAAUAGAUUUAUUAAGGUGUG